UCCACGAAUUCAGAGCGCUCCGAUCCACCGCCGCCGCCGCGUACACCACACCUCGAGAGUCCUCGUCGCCGGAGAAGUAGCAAGCAAGAUGGCCGGAAGGAAGGGCGGUGACAGGAAGAAGGCGGUGACCCGCUCCGUCAAGGCCGGGCUCCAGUUCCCCGUAGGCCGCAUCGGGCGUUACCUCAAGAAGGGCCGCUACGCCCAGCGCGUCGGCUCCGGCGCCCCCGUCUACCUUGCCGCCGUCCUCGAGUACCUGGCCGCCGAGGUCCUGGAGCUUGCCGGCAACGCGGCCAAGGACAACAAGAAGACCCGCAUCAUCCCGCGCCACCUGCUUCUCGCCGUCCGCAACGACCAGGAGCUCGGCAAGCUGCUCGCCGGCGUGACCAUCGCCCACGGCGGCGUCAUCCCCAACAUCAACUCUGUGCUGCUCCCCAAGAAGUCCCCGGCCGCCGCCGAGAAGGAGGCCAAGUCGCCCAAGAAGAAGACGGCCACCAAGUCCCCCAAGAAGAAGGUCGCUGCCACCAAGGAAUAGCCGCCCCCAUAACCUAGUUGGUGUUGCUUAGAUCCAUUUCUCAUGGACUAAGAUGAGAUCCUGCAUGUAAUGCCUGCUAGUCUUUAGUGUCUGUCAGAUUCGUCGAGCAAGGAUGACAUUGUACCUGUGAUUUCUGUGAGGAUGGCUAAAGAUGCAAUCAUUUCAGUCUGCUGUUCUAUC